CUGUUCCUGUGGGGAGAGUUUCCAGCGUCUCGUGAUGGGGGCACAGGACGAGGGUACUGGCCGGCGCCCGCCGCCGCCAGAGGCCACCCCUGGCCAGCUCGCCGCAACCGCGGGCACGGCGCCGCCGCCCAUUACCGCAGCCCAGUUCCUCUCCUGGAAGCAGCGCAAGGAUGCAGAAGAAGCUGCAGAGAAAGCUGAAGCGGCUCGGAAGCGAGCCGCAGAUAUAGCUUCAGGCACAGUUCAAAUGAAUGGCCGGGAGCUGUUCCUGCAAGAACCCUGGGUGUUUGACAACAACAUUUACUGAGACAACCAAGUCCUGCAGAAACACACAGAGCAUGAGUGUAUGCCAUUUUCACUGUCAGAAUCCCACGCCAUAAGAGUUUGUACGGGCCGUUUGAGCUCUGUUUUAUGGAACCUGUACAUUGUUUUUCUACUGAUAAAUGGGAACAAAGACAAUGCUCUACAAUAAAGAAAUAAUCGUACUUUUCACA